GUUGCUAGUGGAUACAGCAGCAGCUUCGGGUGCUAACGAUGCUAACGGUGGCGAAUCCGUUAGAGGAGCGAGAAGAAACGUCACGGCUUUUAUUCUGGGGGUUUAAACGCUUAGACGGCGACGUCAUCAGCGCGUUUGAUUUUAUCUACGUGUUUGCCUGAGGAGCUAACUGAGCUAACAGGAGCUAACUGAGCUAACAGGAGGAUUAACCGUUAGCCGUCAGAUUUAAAUUCAGCAGUAUGAACCGUUAGCUACACGCGGCUAGCAGCUGUUAGCUCCCCUGUGUUUGAACGGAAAGUCUCCGGUAACUUAACGACAGAAAAACAGAAUUAAACGGCGCUGAAUCUACGGGAGCCGACAGGGAUCUGAACCGACUUGUCCUGGCAUUAAACUGGGACUAAAGCGACGUGAGUGAGGAUCACACAUGCACACAGGUUCUGCUGACAAGGACCUGGACUCAUCAGGUGUCUGAACAUGACUGAGGCAGACCUGGACCUGAGCUGGUCCGGACCGGGUUGGAACGUUUCCCUCUUCAUCUGUCUGGAUCCUGGACCACUGACACCAACAUGUCGGACUGUGAUCCACCUGCUGUAGAGGAGCAGAUGACGGCAGAGGAAUGCGGUCCUCCCGGUCCCAGUCCUUCUGGUCCUGGUCCUGGUCGUCCCCCCCUGGCAGAGAAGGCCCUGUCAGAGUCUUACGCCCGGCUGCGGUACCGGGACAUGUCCCUGCUGAUCUGGCAGCAGCAGCAGGAGGAGCUGCAGGCUGGCCCCCCUUCCACCUACCUGAACCGCAGCCAGUCCACCUGGUACAGCAGUUACGGGAACCAGGCCGUGCUGGUCCGGGACAAGAGGGGCCUGGAGGACGCAGAGGGCCGGUCCAGGAUCUGCAGCAUCAUGUAGACAGGAAACAGAAACCUGUGGGCAGACUGCUCAGAACACAGGACCCAGUUAAGACUGAACUCCAUGGAAGGUUUAGUGGUUUUAAAGUAUAAACUGACUGAGUAUAAAGGAUCCAGAUCCUGAUCCUGUCCACUGUUAUCAUUCAGUGUUUGUUUUAUAUACAGAGGACUACAAAGACCAGAAUGCACUGCAGCACUCUAGUUCUGUUUGUUUGCAAAUGCAGCAGCUGGGAUUGUGGGAAAUGUAUGAGUGACUGUGACUCAGCAGCAGUGUUUGAGUCCAACAGGCUGACACAGGUCGUUCCUGUUCUGGACCUGAGACCAGGAGGUUCAGUCACACCUGGAUUUCUGGAAACAUUUUAAACAAAUAAAAGCAGCUGAACCCUGAAAUGAAAAAUGGUUGAUGUCAGUUAUUAUACACCUGUCCCCCCACCACCACCACCAAAAACAUGUUCUGGUCUGAAACAGUCACUUCCUGUGGUUCCACAUUUUAGCCCAUGAAGAAGAAACCUUAAAGAUACAGAGCAGUUUAUUUCUGGCACUCUUAUCUCUCCGUCCUCAGGUUUAAAAACUCCUUAAUAAUUAACAUUAUUUUUGUUUUCAGACAAAACUAAUGAAUAAGACUGGGAGAAACAGCCCCAGUGGUGAAUAUUACCCAUGAUUCUCUUCUCCUUCUGGAGCAGGAAGUGCUGUGGUUGUAACAAACACCAAGCUCUGUUUAUAAUUCUUGAUAUUUGUGUCAGUUUCCUGGCUGGAUGUCAGAGAUGAACACUGGUUUUUAACUUUGUUUAACCAGAACCAUCACUAUUAUAAUCACUAUACCAAACUGUGUUACUGUGUGACUUUCAGUGGUGGAAGAAGUAAUCAGAUACUUUACAUGAGUAAAAGUACCACACAGUAACACAGACACACUAACAGAUGGAGGCAGUGGUAUUCCAGCAGCUCCCAGUAGAAUCCCUGUUUUUGUCAAUGGAGUCUGGUGGAGAUAUAGAGAUGUUUCUGGUUAAACUAAAAGGAUCUUCCUCUGCGAGACUUGCUCUGUUUUAGGAGGUGGAUGUUUUUAAGGUGUGUGAAUGAGAGUUGAGUCAGUUCAUCAGUUUAUGUGUUUAUUUAUGAAAACAAAGGAACUCAGAAAAUAAGGAUCCCAUAUCAGUAAUUACAUCAAAUAAUUCACUUGUUGGUUUUUCAUCGGUUCGUCCUCUCUGUCUCUCUUUCUCUCUCUGUGUCUCUACUCUAUCGAGCGGAGUUCGAUCUAAACCUCAGACAGCUACUAUACAGCUACUAUACAGUGCUCAAACAUACGGAAGAAAGAACGUACGGCCGGAGUGCAUGCAAAUACAUAAAAUCACUUUUUUCCUUUUUCUUAUUAAAAUACAAAAAUUAACUAUUAGCAUCAAAGCUCGACCAUCAAACUAAAAACAAACAGAGGAGGGUUACUGUGGCAACGAGCUGUCCAACUGUCUGUCUGUCACACCGGGUGGGGGGGUGAGAGGGGGGUGUGGGGAUCCUUAUUGAUUGUUUUAGGUUGAUUGGUUAUUGAUUAGUCUGUGAAAUGUCUAAAAUAAAACAAACUGUUUUUUCAAAAAGCUCCGACACGUUUCUUUAACCAUAUGGUAACAAAUAAACCACCUUCACACGCCGAGGAAGGCCAUGAGAUCUGGUCAACAGCUCCAGAAACAUGAUUUAUUUUUUUACAGCUUCAGUCUGACAUUAGAAGCUGGAAGCAGAAAGAUCCUCGAUUAUCAGAUCAAUUAAUCAGGAUCACAUAUUUCAAACCUUAACCAGCUCCAGCUGCUCAUUACCAAGAGGCGUCAGUGAUAUUGAUUGGUCAGCUAUGUGCAGGUCUGAAGAGCUGUGAGUCCUCACAGGAAGUCCAGAAUUCAUCAGAGCCCAUGAACCCUGAACCAAAGCAGAACCGCAGACGCAACAUUCACAACAGAUCAAAACACUGAUGCCGACCAAGACUCAGCUGCUAACAAUGCUAACGGCUGCUAACCUGUCAGAGGAAACAUCACAGUUUGUAUUCUGUGUGUUGAACUUUAUCUGUGUUUCUCUGAAAAGCUAGCUGAGCUAACAGGAGCUAACAAGUCCAGAACUCAUCACAGCCAACAAACCCUGAACCUGAACCAAAGCAGAACCACACCUGACAUGACAGCCAGUGGAAACAGUGCGGCGCUGCGUUUGGACAUUAUUCAACAUCAUGUUGAAUGAUGAUGUUUUUCCAACAUCAUCACACAACCAAACUCCAACCUGGAGCCUCGCUCUCAAACACAGGUUACGAUCGUUUGAUCAGUUUAUUAGGAACAGGUGAUUUUUCUGGUCCGACCUAACACAACCUCGAGACAAAAUUCAGGGAUAAAAAAAAACUUUGAUGCUGGCGACACAGGAAGACGUUUCUUUGGAUGAAAGAGAAGAGGACUCUGUGGUCCUGCGCUCCUAUUGUCUCCUGUUGAGCUGCAGCUCCACCCACACAGACACACCCACAGCCCGACCUCAUCACGUGUACCCAGAGGUCAAAGGUCAAACGUAACAACAACAGAUGGGUGACAAUCGAAGACGGACAGGUCGACAGGUGAACCUGAUUUAACCUGAAUCAAUCCGAUUGGUCAACUCCCCCGCUCCCACACCUGUCAUCUGACGUUGUGUUUAAAGUUGGUCAGAGAACUGGAAAUUCUAACUUCCUACAGGAUAAAACUUUCCUCAGGUUUCAGAGACGCAGCACUCUGACAUCACGUCACCACGGCGGUCACGUGGUCAUCCAUCACAAUCAACCAAUCAGAGCUGAGUUGCACGAGUCGCACCUGGACCCGAUCACAAACCUGCUGCUGUGGAGCCAGAUCAAACUUAAGACUGGACAUCAGGUGUUGGCCGCACCCCAAAAGCAAGGAAGUUUCAUAAGAAGGGUCUGAGUUCGUCUGAAGAAUCAGCUGUCUGCAGCAACCAAUCAGGUGAGUACAGAGUUGUGACAUCAUCAAAACAUCGAACAGCUUCGUCACCACAGAUCAAACUAAAACCUGUUGGUCUGUGGAGUUUUAACAAGUCGACGUCCCGUCAGCCAAUCAGAACAAACUUUACUGAAACAAGAUCAAAUAAAAUGAUUUUGAAAACUCAAUUAACUGAUGAAAUUUAAAGUAUUGGUCAGUUUCAUUUGAGCUGGAGAACAUUUUCUGAGUUAACGUCGUGUGAAAAGUUACAAACUUUUUUUAUCCGACUCCUCGUGAUGAGGAUCUGACUUUUAUUUUGGACAUUUUACAGACUAAAAAUCUUUAAAAACAACAGUUACAUAAA